AUGGCCAAGCAACAAAAAGACACCGAGAUCAUCGAGAUCGCAAAGACCCUCAAAGACACACCCUGGUGCGAAGAAUAUGAGAAAAUGAUCUCGGGCAUGCUUUACAACCCUCUUCACCCAAAGUUGCUAGAAGGUCGUCACAAAGCGCGCGGUCUAGCCUACAAGUUCAACAACCUUGAUCCCAACACCGGAUCAUACCUAGAAGUUGAAAAGAAGAGGACCGAGAUGCUGAGCGAGAUGCUCGGAAAGGUUGGGAGCGGCACCUUCAUUGAGGCACCGUUCAUGCCAGACUAUGGAAGCAAUGUCUCUAUCGGAGAGAACUGCUUCAUGAACUUUGGCUUGACAAUUCUAGAUACCAGCCUCGUCAUCAUUGGUGAUCGCGUACAAAUGGGCCCCAACGUAAACAUCUAUACAGCAGGCCAUGAGACAAGUGUUCUCUCGAGGAUCAAGUUUGUCGAGUUCGGCCAUCCCAUUCGCAUCGAAGAUGACUGCUGGAUUGGAGGAAACGUCGUCAUUCUGCCUGGUGUGACGAUUGGAAAGGGUUGCACGGUCGGUGCAGGUGCAGUGGUCACAAAGAGCAUACCUCCUUACUCGAUCGCCCUGGGUGCUCCUGCAAAGGUUGUCAAGAAGAUACAGAGUGUCGAAGAGGAGAUGGCUGAUCCCAACAACCCUUUCCGAAACAUGCCUGAUCGGGAGUGA